UUAGCCGCUUCCGGUUUGCUGCCGUUACCAUGGAGACACUGUGUCGCUACCGUUAAUGUUUGAGAGUGACAGUGACUGGGUGACUGACAACACAAUAGAGAGCUGCAAGCACUGACUCAAAAUGAGUGAAGAGGACAGAUAUGUGUUCACUGCAGAAUGGUAUGAUCCAAAUGCUGCUCUCCAGAGACGUUACCAACUCAUUUAUUAUACCAAAGAUGGAUCUGUCGAAAUGUAUGAUCUGAAGAAUCAUCGAGUAUUUUUAAAACGGACUAAAUACGAAGAAUUGCACAAGGAAGAUCUGUAUGUUGGAAACAAAAUAAAUGUUUUUUCACGCCUGCUUCAUCUAGUUGAUUACGGAGAUCAGUACACUGCCCGCAAGAUUGGCAGUAAAAAAGAAAAGACGCUGGCUAUGAUAAAGCCUGAUGCUGUAAUGAAAAUGGGUUCAAUUAUUGAAGCUAUCUUUGAUACAGGAUUUAUAAUCACAAAAGCUAAAAUGGUUCAACUCAGUCGAAAGGAAGCAAUGGACUUUUACAGUGAGCACCAAUCUAAAUCAUUUUUUACUGAUCUUAUCAAUUUUAUGACGAGUGGACCUAUCAUAGCUUUGGAAGUCAUCGGAGAUGAUGCUGUAUCUUCGUGGAGAAAAUUAUUAGGUCCAACUAAUUCCUGUCUUGCAAGAAGUGAAUCACCAGGAAGCAUAAGGGCAAGAUUUGGGACAGAUGGCACGAAAAAUGCUGCUCACGGCUCAGAUUCCAUUGCUUCGGCUGCUCGGGAGUUAGAGUUUUUCUUUCCAUCAAGCGGAGGUCGUGGCCCAAAAAACACCGCAAGGUUCACAGAUUGUACCUGUUGUAUUAUUAAACCUCACGCUGUGUCUGAAGGUCUAACAGGAAAAAUACUAAAUGAGAUUCUGAGUGCAGGUUUUGAUAUCUCCGCAAUGCAAAUGUUUACUAUGGAAAAGGCCAAUGCUGAAGAAUUUUUUGAAAUUUACAAAGGAGUUGUAGCUGAUUAUAAUGAAAUGGUGGCUGAAUUAUGCUCUGGGCCUUGUGUUGCUUUGGAAGUAUGCCAGACUGAUGCUCCACAACGAUUCAGGGAAUUCUGUGGCCCAGCAGACCCUGAAAUAGCACGUCACUUACGACCCAAGACCCUCAGAGCUAAAUUUGGGAAAACCAAAAUGAAAAAUGCUGUUCACUGUACAGACCUUCCAGAAGAUGCAGCUUUAGAGGUGCAAUAUUUUUUCAAAAUUCUGGACAGCUAACUUUUUUAGGAAGAAAUAAAACAGACAGGUAUCGGUUUAUUCUUUUUAUUGUCUGAUGUUUCAACUCGACAACAAGAGCACCGUACUCCUGGCAAAUAUAACAGAUGUUUGAACAAUGUGCGCACAGUAGACAUUUAAUACAUCCUAUGGGAUACUGCAUUGCCUUUUUUCAAAAGUUGUUUAAAAUAAAGAUUUAUUUUUCAACA